CAACCCAAGUCUAUCAUCCACUAGAUCACUCAGCAACCAUGAGGUCUCUGGUCUUCGUUCUGCUCAUCGGAGCUGCCUUCGCCCUUGAUGACGACAAGAUCGUUGGAGGGUAUGAGUGCACACCCCACUCCCAGCCCCAUCAGGUCUCUCUGCAAUCUGGCUACCACUUCUGUGGAGGCUCUCUGGUGAACAAGGAUUGGGUUGUGUCUGCUGCUCACUGCUACAAGUCCCGCAUUGAGGUUCGUCUUGGAGAGCACCACAUCAGGGUCAAUGAGGGUACCGAGCAGUUCAUCAGCUCUUCCCGCGUCAUCCGCCACCCCAGAUACAGCUCCUACAACAUCGACAAUGACAUCAUGCUGAUCAAGCUGGGCAAGUCCGCCACCCUCAACCAGUACGUGUCAACUGUGGCUCUGCCCACCAGCUGUGCCCCUGCUGGCACCAUGUGCAAGGUCUCCGGAUGGGGCAACACCAUGAGCUCCUCCGCCAACGGUGACAAGCUGCAGUGCCUGAACAUCCCCAUCCUGUCCGACAGGGACUGUGAUAACUCCUACCCUGGCAUGAUCACCGAUGCCAUGUUCUGCGCUGGAUACCUGGAGGGAGGCAAGGACUCUUGCCAGGGUGACUCUGGUGGCCCCGUCGUGUGCAACGGUCAGCUUCAGGGUGUUGUGUCCUGGGGUUACGGAUGUGCCGAGAGGGAUCACCCCGGUGUCUACGCCAAGGUCUGCCUCUUCAACGACUGGCUGGAGGACACCAUGGCCAAUCACACAGCAACCAUGAGGUCUCUGGUCUUCGUUCUGCUCAUCGGAGCUGCCUUCGCCCUUGAUGACGACAAAAUCGUCGGAGGGUAUGAGUGCACACCCCACUCCCAGCCCCAUCAGGUCUCUCUGCAAUCUGGCUACCACUUCUGUGGAGGCUCUCUGGUGAACAAGGAUUGGGUUGUGUCUGCUGCUCACUGCUACAAGUCUCGCAUUGAGGUUCGUCUUGGAGAGCACCACAUCAGGGUCAACGAGGGUACCGAGCAGUUCAUCAGCUCUUCCCGCGUCAUCCGCCACCCCAGAUACAGCUCCUACAACAUCAACAAUGACAUCAUGCUGAUCAAGCUGAGCAAGUCCGCCACCCUCAACGAGUACGUGUCAGCUGUGGCUCUGCCCACCAGCUGUGCCCCCGCUGGCACCAUGUGCAAGGUCUCCGGAUGGGGCGAAACCAUGAGCUCCUCUGCCAACGGCAACAAGCUGCAGUGCCUGAACAUCCCCAUCCUGUCUGAAGAGGACUGUGAUAACUCCUACCCUGGCAUGAUCACCGAUGCCAUGUUCUGCGCUGGAUACCUGGAGGGAGGCAAGGACUCUUGCCAGGGUGACUCUGGUGGCCCCGUUGUGUGCAACGGUGAGCUUCAGGGUGUUGUGUCCUGGGGUUACGGAUGUGCCGAGAGGGAUCACCCCGGUGUCUACGCCAAGGUCUGCCUCUUCAACGACUGGCUGGAGGACACCAUGGCCAGCUAUUAAGUCUGAUCAAGUGAUGACCAUCUUACUCUGCUGCCUCUAUUCUACCAUUCUCACUCCAACGUUGUUGUUGAGUUUGAACAAUGUGCAGCCAUUUUCCAUCUGAGUCAAUAAAAUCUUUAAAUUUAAA